AUGGCACGUGAUGCUACUAAGAGGUUAAUGUUGGAUUUGAGAAAAUUACAGGAGGAUUUGCCUGAAAGUAUAUGUGCCAGUCCAGUAGAUAGUGAUAUAUUUCGUUGGCAAGCAGUAAUAUUAGGACCAGACAAUACAGAGUGGGAAGGAGGCAUAUUUUCACUUUCUCUGAACUUUCCAGACGACUACCCAAACAAACCGCCCAGAGUCAAGUUUUUAACGAGGAUAUUUCACCCAAACGGUGAGAAAAAAGGAUUUAAUCUAUGUUCAGUCUACCAAGACGGUAGUAUAUGCCUGGAUAUACUGCAAAACGAGUGGAGUCCAGUGUUCGAUGUACAUGGAAUACUGAUUUCAAUACAGUCGCUGCUAACGGACCCAAACAACAGGAGCCCCGCGAACAACGAAGCGGCGAAGUUAUACCAGGAAAACAGGAGUGAGUAUAUAAGGCGAGUGAAGAGCGUGGUAGCAGAGAGCAUAUCGGCAGCCGAGUCGGUUUUAAAUUCGUAA